CUCUCCACAGGGCUAGCUCCAAGAAGCCAGCAAUAAUACUUGUGCAUUGCCGUUGCCGCCAUGCAGCUCUCCCUCCAAACACGCAACGCUCUUCGAGCUGCUUCUCCCUUCCAAACGAGGCGCACGGCAGCACCGCCAUGCCUGCGCAUCCGCGCCUGUACCGACCCGCCGGCCGAGGGGAUUCUCCCGGUCCCGGCAGGGCUGCGGGCCGAGUCGCUGCCGCAUCACGUGGCGGUGAUCAUGGACGGGAAUUCGCGGUGGGCGCGCGCGCGGGGCAUGCCGACGUCGGCCGGCCACGCGGCUUUGCAGCCGGCGCUGGAGGAGACGGUGCGGCUCUCAUGCGCCUGGGGAAUCCGCGUGCUCACUGCCUUCGCCUUCUCCCACCAGAACUGGGACCGUCCCAAGGAAGAGGUUGACUUCUGCAUGGCCGUGUACAACCGGUUCAUCCAGGACAAUGUCGCCCAGUUUGUAAGGGAAGGGAUUCGUCUACGCGUAAUCGGUGACUGCUCAAGGCUGCCGACUUAUCUGCAGAAAACUGCACAAAACGCCGAGGAGGAAACAAGUAGCAACUCACAGCUCGACCUGAUGCUAGCUAUCGGCUACAGUGGACGAACGGACAUCUUGCAAGCAUGCGGGAAGCUUGCCCGGAAGGUGCACAGCAAGCUACUCAGGCCGGAGGACAUCGACGAGUCACUAUUCGCCGACGAGCUCCAGACGAGCUGGACAGACGAGUUCCCUUGCCCCGACCUACUCAUCAGGACCAGCGGCGAACUGAGGCUCAGCAACUUCUUGCUGUGGCAGUCGGCGUACUCGGAGCUCUUCUUCACUGACACGCUCUGGCCUGACUUCGGGAAGGCUGAAUAUCUCCAAGCACUCAUGUCUUUCCAGAGCAGAGACAGGCGUUUUGGAAAAAGAAAACUCUAGCCCUGGAAAUAAAAGAGCAAAAUAACGGUGCGAGUUACCCGGCAUGGAAUGGUGUAGAUUCUGUCUCCACCUUGUAUCUUCUGUGUUUAUGUUUGGCUUUUAUUACCUUCAAAGUAUUUCCAUCACGAGGAAUGGUGUAGUCUGCUGUACUUGCUGGAGCAGGCUUCUAAAUCUUCACCUAGACUAUCUUAAGUGUAUCUAUUUGUGUGUUGAAUGUGUUUGGUAAAUAAAUUUGUUGUUUAUGAAUAACAUAUUUAUGUCAUUACAAACAA